CUUGAUUUGGGGUCCUGCUAUUCAGCAGGGAACUCCGGUCGGGUGGCUACGCGGCGCUUUCUCACGCGUCGCGUCGGGCUUCACGCGAGUCGUCUCUCGGGACCACCGACGCCGCGAAAGCAUCCGCGGGAUCUGGAAAGCGCCCAUCGGAAUAUAGGUGCACUUUUUUCGGGAUUCGCCGCUCGCGACAAAGUGGGCACUUUUUUCACGCGCUCCAAGUUCGCUCCUCGCCGACUGUCGUCGUCGGCAGGAGUCUCGAAUGUGUUUUGUCUUUUGGACGAUUCUUGCUAAUUAUUUACUUAUUUUUUGCAUCGCAGAUGGAGGUGGCGGCACCGCGCCGCGGGCGAGAUGGGGGCUAUUUGCGGCCAAGCCAGCGGGUGCGAUGUGGCAGACGUGUUUUUUCAGCGUCCACUAGCGCCGAGCUCGGGACCGCGACUGCGGCUGCGCGCACUCGCGCUUGCUAACGAGGAAGAUCCGUGCGCAUCGCAAGCGUCGGCGGGAGGAGCGCGCGCUUAGCGCCAUGCCCGCGGAAUCGGAGAAGGCGCCGGCCCACUUGCAGAGGAACUCGACUUCGGACGAUGACUCGGGCUGCGCCCUGGAGGAGUACGCCUGGGUGCCGCCGGGACUCAAACCCCAACAGGUGCACCGAUACUAUGGCUGCCUCCCGGAGGACAAGGUGCCCUACGUCAACGGCCCGGGCGAGAAAUACCGAAUGGAACAGCUCCUGCGCCAGCUGCCGCCCCACGACAACGAGGUCCGCUACUGCGACGGUCUCGACGACGAGGAGAAGCGGGAGCUGAAGCUCUUCAGUCACCGACGGAAACGGGAAAACCUCGGCCGCGCCAACGUCCGCCCUUUCCCCGUGACCGUGACGGGAGCCUUCUGUGAACAGUGCGGCGGCCGGAUCAGCGGCGGCGACAUGGCGGUGUUUGCAUCUCGCGCCGGUCACGCCUCGUGCUGGCACCCGGCUUGCUUCGUGUGCGGCGUGUGCGGCGAGCUCCUGGUGGACCUCAUCUACUUCUACCAGGAGGGCGAGAUCUACUGCGGCCGCCACCACGCCGAGAGACUCAAGCCGCGCUGCGCGGCUUGUGACCAGAUCAUCUUGGCGGACGAGUGCACCGAAGCGGAAGGGCGUCACUGGCACAUGAAGCACUUCUGCUGCUCCGAGUGCCGGAGCGCGCUCGGAGGCCAGCGCUAUAUCAUGAAGGAGGCGAAAGCGUACUGCUGCCGCUGCUUCGAAUCCCUCUACGCCGAGGACUGCCAUUCCUGCGGGAAACAUAUCGGCAUCGACCAAGGCCAAAUGACGUACGACGGGCAGCGCUGGCACGCCUCCGAUGGUUGCUUUUGUUGCGCCCGCUGCAAACGCUCGCUGCUGGGUCGAGCCUUCCUGCCCAAGCAGGGGCAGAUCUUCUGCUCCCGCUCUUGCAGCGCGGGCGAGGAACCCGACGGCUCGGAUUCCUCGGAUUCUGCCUUCCAAAGCGCUCGCUCCACCGGAGAGUCCGGACGCAGCUCCGGGGCGGCAAAGAGCGGUGGCGGAGGGCGGACGGAGACCUUAUUGGGCCAAGCGGACCCCUUGUCUUUCCAAAUGGACCUACUGAGUCUCUCCAGCCAAACCCCCAGUUUGACGCGCGAGCCACCUGCCUGGCAGGACCAGGACCAGGACCAGGACCAGAAGCAGAAACGAAUUGUCGAUGGUUACAAAUUUGAAUCCCAACCCCAACCUAGCGCAAAGCCCGGCCCUCUGCGGCUCCUCAGUCGGCGCGAUGUCAGAAUUUCCUCCAACUCGCCAUGCGCCGGGCAGAAAAAUCAACAGCAAAACCGCAGACUCGGGGAGACCGGCGGUCCGAAUGAGAUACCGUUCCGACAGCCGGCUCCGGAUGACUACCGUCCCCCAAAGCUCAUGACCCAGAAGAGUCUCGCCGAGGCGUCUCGGCUCAAGCGGCGGAACGGCGGCGUUUCCGCGCGCGAGCGCGCCAUCGGUCCGCACGGCUUUCAGAGGGACGGAGAGGCCGCCCCCCCGCCCGACGCCCAGACGCCCAGAAGCCGAAACCCCAUCGCCGCACUUCAUUUCACGGAGCAGCUGACGCCUCUCGAGCGGACCCCGAGGGGAUCCGCGGAGUCCUUGGCCCUAUCCAACACUGCAGGCAACUCUGCCCAAGGAGACGGAAAGCGACGAGAGCAACCGUCGCAUUUCUCCAUGCCCGAUCUGAGCCAAAACUCCGGACCCGGCGUCUCAGAGAAAUGCUCCUCGGACAACUCCUUGGUGCGCUUCCAGAGCUCCGACUCCCUUCAUCACGUCCGCGGCGGUCAGCCCCGCGUGGCGAUAAAUCCUUCCGGGUCUUCUCAGUGCCAGGUGAACUCCGGUGAGCCCUCCGGUGUGGGGACGGGCAAGAGCUCCGCUCGUUUACCUCCUGGAUUCACCUAUCGGGACGACGACGACGGAACGAAUUUGGCGAGCAGUGCCAACGCUGCCCGCCUGCCACCCAUAAGGGAGCGCAGGCUAAGCGACGGUGUCGGGGGAGGCGCGAGAGGCUCGAGUGUCCGGAUUGAAGUGCCAGAGGAAACCCCUCCGAUAUGCAGACGCCGCCACCGCCGCUCCAGAAGAUCCCGACGAUCUCGCUCAGAAAACGCUCUCAACUUGGUGGCCGAGUGUCGGCCGAGACCUCAAGAAAGACUGCGGCUUCAUGUUCACCAGGAUGACGAGCGCUUCCCUGCCCAGAGGACUGCCAAGGAGCACUUUGGAGGCACAGGAGGAGGAGGAGGAGGAGGACGGGGGUUCCGAGCGCAACUUUUUCGCCGGUGCCCCAGGACCGCUUCCGACCUGACGCUGCAGAACACGGCGGCCGGGCGCCGCGCGGGCUUGAAUCAAUACUCCUGGGAUGACUAUGACGACGACUCGUGCUCUACCUGCUCUUCGUCGUCGGAGUCGGAGGACGAAGGUUACUUCCUCGGCAAGCCCAUACCCCGAGCCCUCCAGGUUCGCUACCUCAGCAAUCAGGAGCUUGUCCAUAAGUACAGCGCUGGGGUAGGAGCGACCAACCGCGCUGCUAAGCUGACCACGCGCAAACGGCGAAAAAGCAAGAACUGCGUUGUUUCUUAACAUGUUGCUCCCUGUCCACUGAUAUUCCUCGCCUGGGGCGCAGUUGAUGCGCAUGUUGUGGAUCAAGAGUUAGUAGAAAACCGCAGCCGCUCAACAGUGAAGACGGGACAGAUUGUUUGCGCGCGUCUUUGUUUUUAACCAAUUGGAAUGACAUUUUUUUCGUAUGAGAUGCAACUAAACGCGACGAGAUUUUUGUUUGUUUUUUGCGCCGAUUCUCACUCCGCACUUGUUUUUUUUCCCAAGCGCAUCAGGUUUCGAUAGGAACAGCAACAAUCGAAUGAUGAAAAUUCUGAUGACGAACACAAAUCUCAGACCCCUUGAGAUGAGACACGCGGUUUGCCGCUUCUCCUCAGGAGGGUCACGGGCGUGCCAGAGCCGAGCCCAGCUGUCCUCGGGCAGGAGGCGGGCGUAGCCCAUCGACAAGCGACCAUUCACGCUCACCAUCACACUUCGGGACAAUUUCAAGUGUUCCGUUCAAAUCGCAUGCAAAUUGGCAUCAAAAAUACAUGUGUGGACUCCAGUGGCGAUUGCUCUCGGAGUGUAAGGGAAGCUCGGCUUCCCUAAAAUGUCAAAGAGUAUAUCUAUUCAAAUAUAUGAAUGUAAAUUUCAUUGCGUGUCCAUGUCAUUGACUAAAUAUGCGCUACAACGUGCUCAACUUUUGUUCCGAAUCAGCUGCUUCUUACUGGUUACGACGCGACUCUCUUCUCAUUCAUUCCCGCAGCUUCGUUGUGCUUUAAACGGUGGACACUCCUCAUUGCAUUAUCUUGUUUCAGGUUUCACAAGAGUCACUGCAAGGUGCGCUCUCUCUCUCUCUCUCUCUCUCUCUCUCUCUCAUUCCAUCUCUCUAGAGAGAGAGAGAGAGAGAGAGAGGCUAAGGACUCGGGCAUGUGUGUCGACACUUGGCAACCGGGCCGCCCAUAUUGUAAAUCUAUGUAUAUGUAAAUAUUUAUUUAUUCAUUCAUUCAUUCAUAUAUAGUUCAAAGUUCAUUUAUUCACGUGCCGGCGGUGGCCUAAUCAACCGUGAACGCGUCUCGGCAUCUCCGCUGCCUCUUGCCCAAAACUCUUGCCAAAAGCCGCAGCCCGAAACUUGGUUUUUGUGUGAAAAGCAGACUACACUCAGAACCGAAGAGACCAAAAAGGGUACAAGGAAGAAAAUGUGACCUAAAGAAAAUAAA